CAUGGCUCCACCUCCUCGCCGGGGGAUCCCGGGGGACCGCACUUUGUUCAGGAUGCUGCCGUACCCAUUGUGGAGGCAUAGUCCGCUGCUGGCUCUGUGAGAGGGCUCGGAGAGGAAGAGAAGGAGAGGAAGAGGAGGAGAAGGAGGAGAACUAGGGACGAGGACGCAAGCAGGCGCCGCCGCCGCACUUCGGCUCAGGGGGCCGGGUCUGGCGGCCAGGGGGAGCCCCUGAACAAACUUUCUGAGGCGCGAGGGUACAUAGUGGGGCAGCUCUGGAAGGGAACGAGAUCUGCUUCUGGAAGAUGGGCAGCCCCCACCGGCAUGCAUAAGCGGACCUGAGGACAGACUCAAACGAACUGUAACCUUGAGCCCCAACUUUGUUGAACAUGAAUGGAACAGCCAACCUGAAUUCAGCCAGCCGCUCCCACUAUGCCUCCUCUAUCCCGGUGCCCCGUGUCACUUCCCAGACCAAGAUCCAUGCCCUGGCAGCAUCACCUCAGUUGCGCCCACGCCAACACAGCCUAGUGCCCAGCCCCCAGAGGGCAGCCUCACCAAGACUAGGGAAGGCAGUAGGCAGCCCCAGCAAUUCCUCACCCAAGACUCCCAGAGGAAGAGGCUCUGCCAAGCCUUCAGGGGGACUAAAGGAGUCCUUCCCAGGACACGAGAGGCCUGAGGCAGCAGAGGGCUAUGAAGGACACUUGAGUCAGAGUCUGAGUUCUCCAUGGAGCAGUCCCAAGGUAACUCCCAAAGCACUUUCCAGUUCCAGGGCUAGACCCAGGAGGGCUGAGGAGGCCCAAGUCAGUGGGGGCAAGAAGAAGAGGACACCAGAAGGAAUCAGGGCUUCCCAAGCCCACAGUAGGAGUCCAUCUCGGAUCAGCCCACACAGAGACUCUCUGACACCAGGGGCUUCUGAGAGCAGGAAACCUUUGAGUUGCCUGGGGAAAGACCAAGAAGUGAACGUUAAAGGUUCUGGCAUCUCCAGACCCCUUGGGCCUGAGGAUGAAUCUCAGAAUGAGAUACCUUCAGGAACUUCCUCCUCCAUCAUCAGUCCAGUGCAUAGCAAAGGCUCCUCCCCUAGCCUGGGGACCAUCAGUUUCUCCUCAGCCUCCCAACAGAAUCAUCCCGUCACCGCCACAGUGGCUCCCUUCCAGUACAGGCUACAAGGAGAUCAAGACACUGACCCCCUACCCCAAGAUGGUUGUGCCUUUGAAGACUACCCCAGUCCCUCUGAUGGAUCCGAAGACAACUUCCCUAGCUUGGACGCCCGAAUCUUCAAUGCGUUCCUGGCGGGCAGGAUGCUGGGCACCUCCCUCAAGAGCCUGCAACCCGAUGUGGAACUGAGCGGUGGUGAGGGCUCCGAAGAGCUCAGGGGCUUCGGUAAGAAGGCGGGCGAGGGCAAGAGCAUGAUGCCCAAGCGGGCCAAACCUCCAGGAAGCGGGGUGGCCAAGGCCAGCACCGGGGAGCUAAAGGUCUUCAAGUCUGGCAGCGUGGACAGCCGGCCUCCUCCGCCGCCGGUUUCCAACCUCCGCAAGCAGAAGUCCCUCACCAACCUCUCCUUCCUGACCGACUCGGAGAAGAAGAUGCAGCUCUACGAGCCCCAGUGGAGCGACGAUAUGGCCAAGACUCCUAAAGGCUUCAGCAAGGGGGGGCCCAAGGGUCGAGAGGCACCCCUCAUGUCCAAGACACUCUCCAAAUCGGAACAUUCACUGUUUCAGGCCAAGAUGACCUCUGGUGGGGUAGCCAAGCCCCCGCUGGCCCCGCUGGCCCCGGGCCUGGGCAAGCCCAGCCGAAUCCCCCGGGGUCCCUACGCUGAGGUGAAGCCCCUCAGCAAGGCCCCUGAGGCGGGUGUCAGCGAUGACAGUAAGUCCGAUGACGAGCUUCUGUCCAGCAAGGCCAAGGGGCAGAAGGGGGCACCACCACCACCCGCUGGCAAGGGCCAGGAAGAGCGAGCCUUCCUCAAGGUAGAUCCCGAGCUUGUAGUGACUGUGCUGGGGGACCUGGAGCAGCUGCUUUUCAGCCAAAUGUUGGAUCCGGAGUCCCAGAGAAAGAGAACAGUUCAAAAUGUCUUGGACCUUCGACAGAACCUGGAGGAGACUAUGUCUAGCCUGAGAGGUUCCCAGGUAACUCACAGCUCCCUGGAGAUGACCUGCUAUGACAGUGAUGAUGCCAACCCCCGCAGUGUGUCCAGCCUCUCCAACCGCUCCUCCCCACUCUCUUGGCGCUACGGACAAUCCAGCCCCCGCCUGCAGGCGGGUGACGCACCUUCAGUGGGCGGGAGCUGCCGCUCCGAGGGCCCUCCAGCCUGGUACAUGCAUGGCGAGAGAGCCCACUAUUCUCACACUAUGCCUAUGCGAAGUCCCAGCAAACUCAGCCACAUCUCCCGCCUUGAGCUAGUUGAGUCUUUGGAUUCUGAUGAGGUUGACCUCAAAUCUGGCUAUAUGAGUGACAGUGACCUCAUGGGCAAGACCAUGACAGAGGAUGACGACAUCACCACAGGCUGGGAUGAAAGCAGCAGUAUCAGCAGUGGGCUCAGCGAUGCCUCGGACAACCUCAGCUCUGAAGAAUUCAAUGCCAGCUCUUCACUCAACUCCCUCCCCACCACCCCUACUGCUUCUCGAAGGAACUCAACCGUAGUGUUACGCACAGACUCAGAAAAGCGCUCGCUGGUGGAGAGUGGGCUAAGCUGGUUCAGUGAGUCAGAGGAAAAGGGCCCGAAGAAACUGGAAUACGACAGUGGCAGCCUUAAGAUGGAGCCAGGGACCUCCAAGUGGAGGCGAGAACGGCCAGAGAGCUGCGAUGAGACUUCCAAGGGUGGAGAGCUAAAGAAGCCCAUCAGCCUGGGGCCCCCAGGGUCCCUGAAGAAGGGCAAGACCCCCCCAGUGGCCGUCACUUCACCCAUCACCCACACAGCCCAGAGUGCCCUCAAAGUAGCAGGCAAGCCUGAAGGGAAGGCCUCAGACAAAGGUAAACUCUCAGUGAAGAACACAGGGCUGCAGCGCUCCUCCUCAGAUGCUGGCCGGGACCGCCUGGCGGAUGCUAAGAAGCCCCCCUCAGGCAUUGCCCGACCCUCCACCUCAGGCUCCUUUGGCUACAAGAAGCCUCCCCCAGCCACAGGCACGGCCACUGUCAUGCAGGCAGGUGGCUCGGCCACCCUAAGUAAGAUCCAGAAGUCAUCAGGCAUCCCAGUCAAGCCGGGGAAUGGGCGUAAGACCAGCCUGGAUGCUUCCAACAGCACCGAGCCCGGAUUCAUGGCGCCCGGGGCCCGCGCCAACAUCCAAUAUCGCAGUCUGCCCCGGCCAGCCAAGUCCAGCUCCAUGAGUGUGACAGGCAGGGGCGGACCCCGUCCUGUGAGCAGCAGCAUUGAUCCUAGUCUCCUCAGCACCAAACAAGGAGGCCUCUCAACUUCAAGGCUGAAGGAGCCUUCGAAGGUUGCUGGGGGUCGGACUACCCCAGCCCCAGUCAACCAGACAGACCGGGAAAAGGAGAAAGCCAAGGCCAAGGCAGUGGCCUUGGACCCAGACAACGUUUCCUUGAAGAGCAUUGGCUCACCAGAGAGCACCCCUAAGAAUCAAGGGAGCCACCCACCAGCCACCAAGAUUGCGGAGUUGCCCCCAACCCCACUCAGGGCCGCAUCCAAGAGCUUUGUCAAGCCUCCCUCUUUGGCCAACUUGGACAAGGUCAAUUCCAACAGUCUGGACCUACCAUCCUCCAGUGAAGUCCACGCCCCCAAGAUCCCAGAUCUGCAUCCCACAGGCUCAGCAGCGGGUGGUCCCCUUCCCACUUGCUUCACUCCCAGCCCAGCACCCAUCCUCAAUAUUAACUCAGCCAGCUUCUCUCAGGGCCUGGAGCUUAUGAGCGGCUUCAGUGUCCCUAAGGAACCCCGCAUGUACCCCAAGCUCUCUGGCUUGCACAGGAGUAUGGAGUCGCUCCAGAUGCCAAUGAGCCUGCCCAGUGCCUUCCCCAGCAGUACCCCUGCCCCCACCACGCCUGUACCCCCUGCUGCACCCCCAGAGGAAGAGGCAGGGGAGCUGACCUGGAGUGGGAGCCCAAGAGCUGGGCAGUUGGAAAGUAAUCAGCGAGAUCGAAACACACUUCCCAAGAAGGGGCUCAGGUAUCAGCUACAGUCCCAGGAGGAAACCAAGGAGCGGCGGCACUCCCAUACCAUUGGGGGGCUGCCAGAGUCAGACGACCAGUCAGAUCUGCCUUCGCCACCUGCCCUUUCCAUGUCUUUGAGUGGAAAGGGCCAGCUUACCAACAUAGUGAGUCCCACUGCAGCCACCACGCCAAGAAUCACCCGCUCCAACAGCAUCCCCACCCACGAGGCGGCCUUCGAGCUAUACAGCACCUCCCAAAUGGGAAGCACCCUGUCCCUGGCCGAGAGACCCAAGGGGAUGAUUCGGUCAGGAUCCUUCCGAGACCCCACGGACGACGUUCAUGGCUCUGUGCUGUCGUUGGCUUCCAGCGCCUCCUCCACCUACUCUUCAGCUGAGGAGAGGAUGCAAUCUGAGCAAAUCCGGAAACUUCGAAGGGAGCUGGAAUCAUCACAGGAAAAAGUGGCCACACUGACAUCUCAGCUGUCUGCCAAUGCUAACCUGGUGGCCGCCUUUGAACAGAGCCUGGUGAACAUGACAUCCCGUCUUCGGCACCUAGCUGAGACAGCAGAGGAGAAGGACACAGAGCUGCUGGAUUUGCGAGAGACCAUAGAUUUCCUGAAGAAAAAGAAUUCUGAAGCUCAGGCUGUCAUCCAAGGAGCUCUUAAUGGCACAGACGUCACACCCAAGGAGCUUCGGAUCAAGAGACAGAACUCUUCAGACAGUAUCUCCAGCCUCAACAGUAUCACCAGCCACUCCAGCAUAGGUAGCAGCAAGGAUGCUGAUGCUAAGAAGAAGAAAAAAAAGAGUUGGGUCUAUGAGCUGCGUAGCUCCUUCAACAAAGCCUUUAGCAUCAAGAAGGGUCCCAAGUCAGCCUCUUCUUACUCUGACAUCGAGGAGAUUGCCACACCUGAUUCCUCAGCCCCAUCUUCACCCAAACUGCAGCACGGCUCCACUGAGACAGCCUCACCGUCCAUCAAGUCCUCUAACUCCUCCUCUGUGGGCAUUGAUGUCACUGAAAUGUUCCAUGCCAACGAGGAAGAGGAGGAACCAGAAAAGAAAGAGGUAUCAGAGCUGCGUUCAGAGCUGUGGGAGAAGGAGAUGAAGCUCACGGACAUCCGAUUGGAAGCUCUCAACUCUGCCCACCAACUGGAUCAGCUCCGGGAGACCAUGCAUAACAUGCAGCUGGAGGUGGACCUUCUAAAGGCAGAGAAUGAUCGGCUGAAGGUGGCUCCAGGUCCUUCAACUGGUUCAACCCCGGGGCAGGCCCCCGGUUCAUCUGCUGCCUCAUCCCCACGUCGUUCCCUGGGUCUCGCCCUGGCCCACUCCUUCAGUCCUAGCCUCACAGACACAGACCUGUCUCCCAUGGAUGGCAUCAGCACCUGUAGCUCAAAGGAAGAAGUAACCCUUCGAGUAGUAGUCCGAAUGCCACCUCAGCACAUCAUCAAAGGGGACUUGAAACAGCAGGAGUUCUUCUUGGGCUCAAGCAAAGUCAGUGGUAAAAUUGACUGGAAGAUGCUGGAUGAGGCUGUUUGCCAAGUGUUCAAGGACUACAUUACUAAGAUGGAUCCAGCUUCUACACUGGGCCUGAGUACCGACUCAGUCUAUGGCUACAGCAUCAGCCACGUGAAGCGAGUGCUAGAUGCUGAACCCCCAGAGCUGCCACCAUGCCGUCGGGGUGUCAAUAGCAUUGCUGUCUUGCUCAAAGGUCUAAAGGAGAAGUGUGUUGACAGCCUGGUAUUUGAGACACUGAUACCCAAGCCCAUGAUGCAACACUACAUAAGCCUCCUUCUCAAGCACCGACGUCUCAUUCUCUCGGGCCCCAGUGGCACAGGCAAGACCUACCUGACCAACCGGUUGGCUGAGUAUCUGGUGGAACGCUCAGGCCGAGAGGUCACAGAAGGCAUCGUUAGCACCUUCAACAUGCACCAGCAGUCUUGCAAGGAUCUGCAAUUAUACCUCUCCAACCUAGCGAACCAGAUUGACCGGGAGACAGGCAUCGGGGAUGUGCCCCUGGUGAUUCUACUGGAUGAUUUGAGUGAGGCGGGAUCCCUCAGUGAACUAGUCAAUGGAGCUCUUACUUGCAAAUAUCACAAAUGCCCCUAUAUCAUAGGUACCACCAAUCAGCCUGUGAAGAUGACCCCUAACCAUGGUCUGCACUUGAGCUUCAGGAUGCUGACAUUUUCAAACAACGUGGAGCCAGCCAAUGGCUUCCUGGUGCGUUACCUGAGGAGGAAGCUGGUAGAGUCAGACAGUGAUAUCAAUGCCAACAAGGAAGAGCUUCUUCGAGUGCUGGACUGGGUGCCCAAGCUGUGGUAUCAUCUCCAUACUUUCCUAGAGAAGCACAGCACUUCAGACUUCCUCAUAGGCCCAUGCUUUUUCUUGUCCUGUCCAAUUGGCAUUGAGGACUUCCGCACUUGGUUCAUUGACCUAUGGAAUAACUCCAUAAUUCCUUACCUUCAGGAAGGGGCCAAAGAUGGGAUCAAGGUCCAUGGACAGAAAGCAGCUUGGGAAGACCCAGUAGAGUGGGUCCGAGACACCUUACCUUGGCCCUCAGCCCAACAGGAUCAGUCAAAGCUGUAUCACCUGCCUCCGCCUAGUGUGGGCCCUCACAGCACAGCCUCACCCCCCGAGGAGAGAACUGUCAAGGACAGUACCCCUAGCUCUCUAGACUCAGACCCUCUGAUGGCCAUGCUGCUGAAGCUCCAGGAAGCUGCCAACUAUAUCGAAUCUCCAGACAGAGAAACCAUCCUGGACCCAAACCUCCAGGCCUCACUCUGAGGACCUACCUAGCCACCGCUGUUGCCCCAGAGAGCAGCGAGCCGGCCUCAGCUAUGUCAGCUCUUCCUCCUCCUCUCCUUUCAGAGCACCCAUCUACAGCCCAGAAAAGGGGACUGGAGGGAGUUGGUGGGAGGGGAGGGGCAGGCUUUCUGGUGCUGCACCUUGGAGGACUUCCUAGGAUUGGUGGGGUGGGGUGAGGGGAGCUUGUUCCUCUGGAUAUAAGACUGGCCUCCUCUCAAGACUUUGGGGAGAGGGGGAUUCUGGGAGGUUUUUUUUUCCCCUUGGUUUUCUGUCUUGACUACAAACUCUUGGGUUUUAUGGGCAGGUGACAAGAUAUCAGGAGAAACCUGCAGCAGUUCCUAGCCAAUUAUAGACAGUUGUGUGGGAGAUGGCCCUAUGAGGUGAAGCCCGGGGCAGGGGGAGCAGGAGCUCCCCAAAUUCUCUCCCAGCCUCUUCCCAACUCUACUGCCACUGCCAGCAGCUCUCCCCUAGAGACCUGGAUGGAGCCUAGAAAAAAGAAGCAUGUGGUUUAAAAAAAUUUUUUUAAUAAAGGUUUUAAUUCUGUUGAUAGAGGGUUAAAAAUCAAAUGGAAAAGAUGAAGCUGGAGAGGGGAAACAGUUGUCAAGGUAGAGAGAGAGCUGCCCAUUCCCAACCCCUUGAUGACCUACAGGACGUCCUCAAGAUGGCUGUCAAAAUGUGCCCCACCAAGAUACAGACACAACAUCCCUACAUCCGGCCCUCCAAGAAGGACUAUUAGCUCUGUCUUUGUACCUUCUAAUUUAAUAUACAUGAGGACAGCCAAUAAACCCUGCCUUUUAUUUUGUUUUUCUACCACUUAUCUAUUUAUUUUUCCUUUCCCUCCCCUCCAAGACCAAGAGGUAGUCGGGUUCCUUUCCAGCUUCAGUGUAGAUUUUGUGAGGAUGGCUUUCUUUUGGAGGAUCUGAUGCUGUCCAACUGGCACCAACUAAACUUUCCUGCUGUACUCUCCAGCUCUCGUCUCCUCACAGCUCAUGGGGAGGCCUGGAGUGGUGGAGAAGCACCAAACUGGAGAGCAAACUGAGGGGCCCAGAGAACCACCUUCCUUCUCUUAAGCUAGCACAGGCUCUCAACGAAGCUUCAAUUCUAGCCCUCGAAUGCAAUGAGAAGAGUCAGACUUAUCAAGCUGGACACUCAGCUCUGCUCUUCACCGUGGACUGGACAGCCCCAAGAACUGGAAGAACAGUGGUUCUCAGGUGUCUAGCCAAGGCCAAACCCCCUGGCGGUCUUUCGAUUGACAUCAAGCAACGGAUUGUUCAUCAGUAGGAGACACAGCAACCAGUUAAUGGAGAGAAUUCACAGAGGUGAAGGGAGGAGGGGUGGAGAGGAAGGAAACAACAUCUGUCACCUAAGGAGAUCUUCUGCCCCCUUUCUUUGCUGCUCCAGAGGUUCUGACAGUUGAGGAACCUGGAACCAGUUGUACCUCUUCACUACCUGGGCUAAGGAAACAGCUUCAUAUGCACCCUAGAGCAAGCAAGAAAAGCAGCCUCCAAAUGGACAUAUGGUAUGUUGAGGUCAGAAGACCUAGGACCAAAGCCUGAAAGACUGCAGGAUCAUGGGAUACUCUCUCUAGUACAAGCAAACUCACUUCCUAUCAUCUUUGAAAGCCUCCAGGAGCACCAGUGCCCAAGCUUCGGCUUUCUAGCGUAGCCAAAGUUUCUGGGCUUUGCACAUUUACCCAUUCAACAAAUAUUUUGCUUGCACGUCAGUGCUAAACAAUGGGCUUAGGUGUGGUCUUAGUGUUUACCCUUCAGGCUCCAAAGGCAUAAAAGAGUUCAGCUGAGUCAAGAGGAAUCCUAACCUGGACCAUUCUCUCCUGCUUCCUAUCCUCCCCGACAAAAGUCAAUGGUGUUCCAACCAGUCAUCAGUCUUCAGCAUUCAGCUCAGAUGCUUCCCUGCUCCCAACAAGAGGCCCCUCUGCCCUGCCCCACCCCACCCCAUAUUCAGUCACACCUGUCAGCCCCCAGAGGUUCCAUUGCUGAGACCCAUCAUUGCUAUUGCUUCUGCUGCUAAUUCCCUGAUCUGUGAAGACACCUGACCAACACAGCUGUAACUUAUGCAAUUCUGUAAUGGGAAGAGGCUCUUUGUCCAAGGAUGGUGCUGAAAUCACUGCCUUAAAGACCUCUGCUGUGCAGAGAAGGGGAUGCCCUUGAGCCGGUCGUCCUGGCUCAGAAGGAAAGGGGAUACGAGAUGGGCCUACUUCAGGCUGGAUGGCCUUUUCCGAGCCCUGCCUGGAGCUUCAGCUCCAACCAAGGCCUAGCUGUCUAAUGUUGCCUAAUGUUGGUAGAAGGAGCACUUAGCCCCUUCUCUUCUGGUGCUGCCUAGCCAGUGCCUUCUGACCUGGAUUGUUACUGGCCAAUUGAGAGAAAGAAGAAAUAAGAAGCCUCCCUUUUUUUUCCCCCUGAUUCCAACUGCCUGACCUCCCCCAUUCCAGUCUCCCAGGUAACCAUGGAUACAGCCCUGGAUUUCUUUUGCCUCCCUAGCAGAUAGGGUCAUGAAGGCCUCUCUUGCUGUGACUUUCCAUUUCUGUUCCAUUCCUGGGAUCUGUGCCCCACCUCUGCUCUCAGUCUCCUGCUGCAUUCAGCCCAGGUCUCCUGCUGUCCCACCCUAGGGUGAGUGUUUCCCCUAUAAGGGGAGAGAUCUGACAUCCUCAGAAUUCAGGAACCUGGGACCCUGUUUACAGUUGCACAUCUGGGCCCCUCACUGGGAGGGAUCAAUCAUCUUGCAGAGAAAACUCAGACAUGGUGGCAGCUGCAAAAGGUUGAGCCUCCUCAUGGUGCUAUAACCCCCUGGGAUGCUCACCCCAGACUCUGCUGAGACAGAGAGAAUCUGAUGUCUCCCUCACUGCCCAAGAGUACAUGAUAGGAGCAGACCCACAACAUCCCGUCUAGCUAUGUCCCUACUCCCCUGCUCAGGCCAUAGGGACCCAAUCUUCAGGAGAGGAAAACAGAGUCCCAAAGGUGGACUCUGUUCCUCAGGCACCUUCAGAAGAUGCCAGCCUGUCUUGAGAAGGUUACUGCUCCUCCUCUCCCUUUUUCCUGGAAGCCUUGAGGUGGGUAGGAAAUUACCUAUGUGAUUUCUAUACCUAGCACCUUCACUGGGAGAGAGCCACAGUCCUGGGAGAGAUACCAUCUCUUCUGCUGUGGAUGCAAAUGACUAACAAAUGAUGUGGCCCAGCUGCCUUUCCUUACCCUGGGCUCUCAAACUACAAAAGACUUAUAGGUCAGUAGGGCCAAGUAUGGGAUGUAUCUGUUUGCUGCUUUCCUGUAUUCUGAGACCUCAUCAUGGAGACUUUUCAAAGAAACCACAAAUUGUGCAGCUCUACGGUGCUCAUUUCUCUGUCCUUGUAUAAAUGUGUGUGCUUGUAUCCUUGUCAUGUAGAUUCACCACCAUGAAGCCACACAUGGAAUCAGAGGCUGGCAGGGAAAAGGAUGCUGCUGUCUGUGGGUGGCCGCUACAGUGAGAUUUCUAGUGACUGGUUCAGUGUCAGAGUUCACUCUUAAAUUGUCAGAAUUCCCACAACCCAAGCUAGUAUCCUUAGGGACACUGAAGGUUUUUUCUUAUAGCUUCUCCCCUUCUUCUGGUUAAUACGUUCCCAAAGAUUAUGAUCUUUCCCUCCUUCCACCUCCAGAAGAAGGUUGGUGUUUUCUCAGUGGCCUAAGGGGUAAACUUCAUUUUCUACAGGUUCCCCAGGAGGAAGGAACUACUGACCCCCGUCUCCAAAAACUCUUUCCACAGCAGCUCCAUCCAUUUCUACCAUGAGAUUUUGCUCACUUCGUAGGAAGGUAGUAGAACCCAGUUCUGGAACCAAGGAGGCUACAAUAUUGAACCGUGAGGAACAUAAGCUUCCAGGAAAGUAUCUAGCAUGGCAGAGGCUUUCUCAAUUUCCUUGUCCCCAUCACACAUAUAACAUAGAAUAAAAGAGACUAAGCAUACCUGUUGAUGCUUACUUACUGCUUACUCUCUGAGGAUCAUGAGCUGAUAGAAAUGGGUACCUGGUCAGAGAGUAAGCCAGAUACUAGUACACAGACAUUAUAGCUAGGGUUCUAGCUAGCAAAUUCCGUCUUGUAACAACAUAAGGUUUGUAACAAGCCUUAGGUAGGUAAAUAAGUGGUGGAAUAUGAGAAGGCAAAGGUCCCAGGAUAAUCAUUCAGAAGUGGGUCAGCCAUGUAUAUCCCGAGAUCCACAGUCAACAGAAGCACAUUAAACCAAUUACAUGAAAGACUGCCAUUCUGUUCUCCCUGUAAGGGCAUGUCUCCCCCUCCUUUGCAGAAAAGAUUCUCUUUAAGUGCCAGGCUUUCCAAGGAUCUUCCCAAGCAUAGUUGUGGCUCCCAGGAAAGAACACAACUAUAAAAGGUGUUCAAUCACCAAUCUGGGGAAAAAUGAAAAUAAAAAUGCACAGGUGUGAGUUGGCUUUCAGGGGAUCAGGAGAAGCUGCAAAAGAAUUAGAAUUUGAGCCUGGGAAGACAAAUUCUAGCUUCCCCAUUAUCUGCAUAUGGAGUUCUUUAGUUCUUUCUUGAGAAGUUUGCCCAUGACCCCCUGCUAUCUUGGAUAAAUUUUUCUUCCCAAUGUGCCAUGAAGAAUGUUGUCAUACCAGGCUGGCCAUUGAACUGGGAGAGGUCCAUGGAUGCAUGAUUCAGCUCUUUAGUAUUUUUAAAGGGAACUGUGAGUAUUGUACAGUCCCCACUUUGAGAGAUUUAAGGACCGGAAGUGAGAAGGUCCAAGAUUCCACUUCUGAAGCCACACUUUUACCCCAUGUGACUGUUUCCCCCACAUCCUUUUUUUUAAGACGCCACAAGGCAAGAGAGUAUUCAUGUUUGUCCCUCAUAAACAUGAGUGGUCCAGACAACAGCCCUGAAACCGAAUCUCUGAAAGGGGCCUUAGCCCAGGAGCGCCCCUUGACUCUUCUCUGGCCCUCUCUACUGUACCUACUCAGGGCCUUUUUCUGGUCCUACUGCUAUAGCAAACUCCACAGGGCUAACAUGUCUACAAGACAGUUAUAUCCCCCACCCUCUUGUCCCUUUUUCUUUUGGAGGUUUCAGAGACUAAUGUUGGGUGGGAGAGAGGAUUCAGCCAGAACCUCAUUGCCCAGAACAGUUAGCUGAUCUAAUGGGUCCCCUUCUCCCAACACCAGCCUUCUGUAAAAGGCAUCCAGAGCAGUGUAGGAGAAUGGAGUCAGGGUCCCUCCAUCUCUUAUCCUCCUCAUACCAGAAGCAGGAUGUGAACUAGGCAGCCAAGAGGAGGCUCAGAUAUUUUGAUAGAAUUUAUUGGUUGUUUUUUUGUUUUGUUUUGAAAUCUGAAAAGAGCUUUUAAUCCCAAAUUUAUAGCCUUUUUAGCUAGUGGGACCAUGAGAGAGAGAAUAGGAGCAUAUAGCUUGACUUGAGCUUCGAAUUAGAAGAUUUUCCAAAGCAGAGAGUUUCUGGCUACAAGACAGAGAGAGAUAUUCUUAGCCCUUCUAUUAGGCACUCACCUGCGUUUUGAGCACUGGUGCUAUGAGAGUAUUGGGGUGGGGGAUAGCUUUGAAGCUCCAAGAAUAGUGAACUCGGCAAAUUGCACUAAAAACACCUUUAUCCUCCCCAGAAGGCACAUGACAUGUCCUUGGGCCACCUCCCUUCCCAUGGGAGCUUUCUACUUCCCUGCCACCUCUCUGAGGCUAGGGGGAGGGAGUGAUUGGAUGAGAGUUCCCAGAAUCCCCAGCCAGUCUCUUGGGCCACUGCUGCGCAGUGGCUCCUCAUUUCCCAAUGUUAGCUUUUUUCUAGAACAAGAUAACUUUUUUUAAUAAAUCCACCCCACCCCACCCCCCACUAGACCCUAUCCUGUUUUAGACAGCACUAAUUAUGUGAUGAAAUCUAUUUCUCAAAUGCAUGGUAUUCCUCAAGCAUAGGGCAAGUGGGAUGGGCCAGGGAGCUUUUGUAACACUUUUUUUUUAAUUUAUUGGGAGUAAAAACCCAAUCAACAGGUCUCCAGAUCUGUGUGUCUCUGUGUGUGUGUUUUCCCUCUCAUUUGUGCUCCCUUCAUUCCUUUCCUUCCACUUUCCUUUUUAUAUCUGGUGUAGAGAAAGCAACAUUGAACCUGGAAAGUAAACUGAUGUAUAUAGUUGCGGUAACAAUCAUGAAAAGAGCUGGGCUGUCCCCAUAGCAACCUGUUUUUAAAAAGAAAUUGAUUAGAAAUUGAAUCCAUGCCAGGGUCAGCUGGAGAGACCAUCACCACCAGAGCCUCACAUGGCUGCCCUCCCUCUACCCCAGGCAUGUCUCCUCCCGGCUAGAUUCAUCUGUCUGAUACCAUUUGAGUUUCAAUAAAGUUAUCUCCUGUAUUGUC